CAGGGCCUCAGAGCAUGCCAGCACUCGAGAAUUUGACUUUAUGGUGUAACUCGGCCGAAGGCCUUACCGUGCGCGACAUAUUUGAAAAUGUUCAGAUGCCCAGUCUCCGCCAACUGGAGCUGGAUGGUAUUACUCUUCCGAUUGGGGAGCGCACCGCGAGCGCAGUACGAAAGGUGAAUCAAGCCUGCUCACCGACAAUCACGAAGGGCACUGCUCAGUUCUCCACCCUCAACAUCCAUCACUGCAAAGAAAACCCCGCGGCCAUCGAAGAGCUAAUUCUCUGGCCCAAAGCAUUGACCCAUUUCAAUGCCUCGGUUCUGAGUGGGAGUGGCCCGGCGUGCGAUGUGAAUCUCUCCAAACUCAACGCAUGGCUCUUGGCCCACAAGGACACCCUGCAAACCAUCCAGAUCCGAUGUAUCUAUAAGCAGAGACAAGGCCAGCUCUUCCAUACCAGAGGCUUUGUGGCCUUGGAGCGCCUGACGCUCCCCUGGUGGGAGAUACGAGGGAACUUUCCGUGGCGGGAGGACGAUGACUCGCCAUUCGUCUUCACGCCCGCGCAUGCUGACGCCAUUCUCUGCGCGCCCCGUCUCGAGACACUCGAACUAGACUUUGGACAGGGUGGGCAUGGUCCAGAUUACUUUGGUAGGCUCGGGGAGAUCGAGGAUCGCUGGAUUCGGGAUUUGGCCUGCGCGGCACUGGCCAGACAGGCUGCGCUCCGGACGAUCUGCGUCGGGUUUAAGCCGAGACCGUAUGACCUUGCCGUGAUUAUAGAGUAUCCGUGGGAUCGUCUGAACCGACUCCGGGAAGAUCUCCAACCGUUGGGGAUCAUGCUGGAGUACACUGAGCCGACGUUCUCGGAGGAAGAGUGGGUACAGGCGCGCAUGCGGGCCUUCCCGCCGUGGGAUGCGAUGCGUGGGAGCGAGAGUCCCCCGCUGGAUGACGGCAUGUUCGGCGGAGUGAUAUCAAAGGAUGUUGAGCCUACUCUGGAGGAACAGGAAGCGUGGGAAGCGCCCAGUGGAGGGCGCUGGGUGAUCAUUAUCACAGUUAGCAUUCCUUCUGUUAAAUGGCUUUUCCUUGGAGGGAGGCAGGGCAGCACGCUUCAACGCUCUCACGACGUCGGCCGCUCAGUCCUGGCAGUUGCCGACCCCAAAGUCGGGAAUGUGGGAGGCGUCUUACACUACGAUGUCCAUGUGGGACGGUCCGUCGCCCAGGCUGGCAUUCCCACGACCGUGGAUUUUGAUAGAGAGGGCAUGAACUCAGACAGAUGGAUGGGUUAG